AUACGUGUACACACAAGCAGUACAGUGACCUGUGCCCUGAGUCACAGGGAAGUAGGAGCAAUCGAAGCGACAGGUGAACAGGAGCAGUUACCAUCAGAGGCGAAGCACGUCUAAACAGACUCCACGAAGGACAUGUGAUCAACCCUUGUGAGUGUCGGUAAAGAACACGGCGAACACAAUGCUGUUAUCACUGUUGACCGCGUUGCGCACCUUCACCGAACUUAACUUCCAGUCAUCUGCCGUGUUUGAAGGCUCAGAGUCUGUGGAGGCAGAGGGAGGUAGCACAGAGAGCAUGGUGGCCUCCUCCAUCAGCGCCUGUAAGAAGGUCCUGUGCAGCAACAGUGUGUUGGAUUCUUCAGAAUACUGGCUGAGGAAUGACAAAGCUCUGUGUAGACUGGGCCUUCUGGAUGACGACACAGAGGGCAUCUGCACCAUGAUCUGUUUUGUGAAUCUGGACCCUCAGAAAACAGACUGUUGUGAUGACAAAAGUAUAAAGAAACUGGCAUUGAUGUCUCCGGACCUGCCAAAGCUUGUUGAAUUACUCACUGUUCACCAGCCAAAAGAAAAUGAAAUCAUCUUCCUCGGUGGCCUUGAAGGAGCAGACACUUGCCAAACUCACCCACCAGCCCCCUCUCAGGGCCUUCAACAGCAGCAGAGAAGUACAGGCGUGUGCCUAUAUCAGCGUUCAGGGCAAAGACGCUACAUCCAGCCCAACAGAAUCAUCUUUGAGAUCAACAGGUUCCUGGUAGGUCUGCAGUGGGGAAAGGAACGACGGCAUCAGCAAGGACGAACAACUGGACAACGGCUUGACGAUGACACAAAUCGUUCAGUUUCAUCCAUCGAGGAAGAUUUCCUGACAGCCUCAGAACACCUAGGAGAUGACAGCGAGGAUGAUGGCUUGAGAAAUGAGCCUGAGGUUGGUGAUCGGGCAGAGAGCUUGGUGGACGUUCUACACAAACAUAGUGCUAGUGUCACAAGUCAGAGGAGACAGCUGGCCCAUAAUCAGAUCAGAGACGAUGCGGAAGUGAAAAGAGAAACGCAUCAGCGGAUCAGUCAGCACACAAAGGAAUCGGCUGGUCACUACGCCACUAAUCUGGCAGAGUCAGUGCUGCAAGAUGCCUUCAUACGGCUCUCUCAAGAUGAAACCUCCUUUGUUUCUGAGGCCGCGGUCAGCGUGUCACAGUCUAGAUGCCCCUCCAAAACUGCUCUCUCACAAACAAAACAGUCUUACCAACAACGCACCUGUUCAUUCGAACUCCCCAAAAUUGUCAUAGUCCAAAGCCCAGACAGUGCAGAUGGAACAGCAGAGUGGCCAGAGACUCAAGUGCCAAAUGCGUCUGAGCAGGAUAACACUACCAAAGACAGGGAGAUGCCAGAAAAGGAGAAAAAGGCUUACAUUACUCACCACAAUGGAGGACACCCAUCCAAGCCUGUAGAGGUGGCUUUGGCCUGUGCUGCCAAUGUUAUUGGAACAAUAACGUCUCCACAGUUAACGGAACACCUCGCCUUGGAUUCAACUUCAGAAGAAGAAAUGGAGGAGGAGCUUCAGGAACCACAAGAGAAAGUGGACUACUCCUUCUCCUCAGCUGUGUGUGGUAUAGCACAGGUUGCUGGUGCCGUGGCAGCCGUGGAGCUUACAGAGAAAUCAGUAGAGGAUGGGGAUUGUGAAGCCGAUUUAAAUGAAGUCUACACUGCGUCUCAGGGUUUGAUGUCUGCUGCCCAAACGUCUGCAGCCUUCACACUACACUGUAGUGUUGCAGAAGGCACCAGUGUUGACGCGUUUCGUGCAAACAUUGCUGAGGUCCUUCACAGGGAAGCAGCUGAGGUGCUGACUUCUCCACAUGGCUACAAGAGUGUAGCUGACCUCUUGGAGUCCACACAUAACAAGAUAGUUGAUGGUAUCACUUGUCCAAAAAAAUCCUACACAGACGAAAGGGAAGUUGGUGACUUAAUUAAUGAGGUGGCCGACAGUCUUUUCAAACAUGCUUUAGAAAUAGCAAAAAAGAACAAAGAGCUGGAGGGCACUGAGAAAGAUGCACCAAGCCUCCAAGUUCUUCUGCAGGACAGUGUAAACAAUUUACUGUUUGAAAUUCUUUGCGUGGCACAGAAGAAGAUUAGUCACAUUUCCAGACAUGAAAAAGGGCCAUUUGAGACACAACAAGACUUUGAUAAAUGCGCUCAGGAACAUGCUACCGCAAUGGACAGCAAUGACAUAAGUCAAUUACAGUCCUUGGCUAGUUACCGGCAAUCCACUAACAGUGCCAAACAUAGUGGAAUGCGUCACAGCACAGAUAGGCUUACCAUGGUUCCUGGACUGAAGUCAACAAAUUUGGCUGCAGAGCGUGAUCUCAGUGGAUCUUACAAUGCAGAGUAUAACAAAGAGCAACAGCAGCAGAACUCAUCUUGUGGACAAAGUCAGUUAAAGAGCGCCAUUCAUACAAAAGACUACCACCAAAACCAACAAGACAACUCUGCCGUCAGGGUGCCUUUGAAUGAAAUCCCAGUUCAUGGCACAGAUAGACGGGGGCGAUCAAUGACAGGAAGUGAAAGCAGACAAGCUUCCCUUACCCCCCAGUCUUCACUCAACUCCUGCAGUUCACUGUUCUCUUGGAGAAUGGACUCAGAGACCAGGACACCUAUAACGUGCUAUGCUGACGACUUAGCUGCUACAGUGGUGUCAAUGGCCACAGAGCUAGCAGCCAUAUGUCUGGAGAAUUCAACUGGGAAACAGCCCUGGUUCUGUGCCCUAAAAGGGACAUUUACAGAGGGCCCAGAGGACUACUUAAUUCCUGCUUGUCGAACGGUACUCAGAAGGAAAGAGGGUCAGAGCAACAAUGCAUCAUCAAAAAAACAUCGAGCGCCACGCCUCAGUGAGAUAAAAAAGAAAACAGAGGAGCAACCAGAGUUAAUGGAACGACUGGUGAACCGUGUGGUGGAUGAGUCAGUGAACCCUGAUGAACCACAGGACCCAUUUGCCCUCUUUGCCUCGGAAGUCACUGCCAGGAUCAUGAACUGCCCUGAGCUUAAUGUUGUGGACACUUCCAAAGUAAGCCAGGCACGAAGCAGGUUGCAGUGUGAGAGGUGGAGCCGUGGGAAGGCAUCAAGUUAUGAAAGCAUUCCAGAAGAAGAUGGCGACCCCUCAGGCACACCAAACACCCUGGGGCCUGGCAGUCGUUUAGGUCAGAACCUAAGUCGUGGUAGCUCAAUCUCCAAGCAGUCAAGUUGUGAGAGCAUCACAGAUGAAUUUUCACGGUUCAUGGUAAACCAGAUGGAGACUGAGGGCAGGGGCUUUGACCUUCUUCUGGACUACUAUGCUGGGAAAAAUGCCAGUAACAUUUUGGCUGCAGCUGUACAACAGGCUGCAUCUAAGAAGAAUGGUCACCUAAAUGUCAGAUCUGCAACCUGCUUGUCCAAACAAUCUAGCACAGAGAGCAUAACGGAGGAGUUCUACAGGUUUAUGCUACGGGACAUGGAUAAGGAAAACAAAGAGCAUGGCAUUGCUAAGACUAAAGAGUGGAGCAACAGCUUGUUUCCCCCAUCUCCCCGGACACCCUUUUGUAUACGACAGUCCUCAGUCCCUGACAGGCGCUCUUCGGAUUCAAGACUGACAGUUAACUCACCCAUUAAAGCUAAUUCAUUUGAUGGAUUUGCGCGAAACGCGCAUGGAGACACUUUGAAUAUCUAUCCAAGCAACUCGGUGUCAGCGACAGGACUGUGUAAGUCAGACUCGUGCCUCUAUCAAAGAGGCAAGACUGACCAGAUCACUGAUAUGCUUAUUCAUGAGACCUGGUCCAGCUCUAUUGAGUCCUUGAUGCGGAAGAACAAGAUCAUUGCGGAUCCAGAGGAUGACCUGGAAGCUGCAGGCGACUCCCAGCCUCAUGUGCAGCAGUUUGCCAAUCGCCUGGCAGCUGACAUUGUCGAUAUCGGCAAAUCAUCUGCUGGAGUUCAGCAAGAUGUGUCGGGGGACUCACAGAAACACAUACCUGUUGGUGAGAGAAGAAUGGGGUUCAAACAAUCCCAUUUGAAUUGUAAUCGUAGCUGGUCAAGUCAUGAACAAAUGGUAUUGGGGAUGAGUGACAGCGGUACACAACGCAGAAGAGGUCACAGGGAUGUGCCAGUGAUCCAUAUUGAGGGGGAUAAGAAGGAUAAUGAGGCUUCCCUAAGCCUUGAAAAGAGAGAUGGACCUCCAGAACGAGCAGUAGAAAUUCCAACUACCAAGCAGACUGAGAGGUCUUCAGCCAACAACGGCAACAGUGAAAGGGACAGGCCAGCUGCGGCGGCACUAGUGAAGAGGAACAAGCGUUCAAUGAGCGCUAGCAGUGAAGAGAGCAUGGGAAGCUGGUCCCAUGUAAACACGGAGGACGACCCCCCUGAGGAGACCAGUAGCUUUAUCCAGCUGAGUGAGGGGAAUGGGACCAGCAGCGGGUCAAGUCUAGGCCUGGCAGACGUAGAUGCUUUUCCUGAUGUGCCAUCUCAUAGCACAAUAAUUGGGUAACUGUCAGUUUUUCACCCCGAUACAGAACCAUGUGACAGUAUCUGCCUUUUUGACACGCCUAAUGACAGGAGUGUCUUUUGUGACUGACACGCAGCAGGACUAAACAUAUCAUGGCAAUAUCAUGAACUAUCAAGCAGUCAAAUAAUUGAACAGUUGCUAUCUUUUUACUCUAUUUUGAUUUUUUUGUUUUACUCAAAUCGUAAUGCUUAACGUUUUGUGUGAAUAUGAAAUAAAGAAAAGCAAUGAUGCCAUGGUACUUCCAGAAAAUUGUAAAACUUACUAAACAGCAAGUCAGUGCCUUCUGGCAUUGCCCCUGGAGGACAUGUGAUGGGUCACCGUGACGUCACAUCCGACUUGGGGGUCAAACAAGCAUAUUCGUAGGUAGACAUCUAGUGAAGUUACAGCGAAAAUGCCACAUACAUGCUCUCUUCCUGCAUGUGGAAAUAGUUCAAGUAGGGAUUUCUGAAAAAGUUACUAAGAUAGUCCAUGAUGAAGAGUAAAACAACCAAAAAACGCAGAGAAAGGUGGCUACUGAACCUGUCGGUCUGUCCCAUCAAGUGGAACCCAACCCUGGACUACGAGAUCACACACCUUCACCUGUUUGUAUUUCCAGAAAUAAACCUUUGUUCUGGCAGAGCCAUUCAAUCUAGUAGCAAAUAUGGACCGCACAUGUCAACUGCAGGCGACUGAGAAGCAACAUCACAGGGUCGCAAUUGCAUCGUUUACAUCAAAUAAACGUUCACACGUUACACCCCCAUGGAAAAACAGCACAGCAGUACGAUGGAGGACAUAGAAGAAUGUGUUCAUGUAGACUGACGUAGUGUAAGAACACAAAGACAGACGUUAGAAGCGCUAUUUUCAUCUGCUACAUUCAUUGUCUGAUGAGGAAAGAGAUAAGCUUUCACCGCUGUUUGAUUGCCUUGUUUUCAACUAUUUCUUGUCUUUAUGCAACACACCAUGCCCACUCACUCAAUUAGAUUAUUAAUUUUUUUAAAUUUAACUCAUUUUAAUCUGACAAUUGUUGCACAAAGAUAUUGAGUGUGCAUGUGGUCGUAUUGACAUGUUUGCACCCCCCCCGACCCAAACAUCGGAAGGGCCCAAACUGCCUGUAGGUCAUGUGGUUGCAACCCCACAAAUUGACAAGCCUUAGUGCGCAUCCAUUUUCAUUGUUGUGAUGCCAUCCUUUAUGAACGAUAUCAAGGGUUUGCUUUGAUGUGCUGUAAUGUAUCGACUAGAGAUGCUCCAAUCGAUUGGCCACUGUUCAGUAUCAGCCAAUUUCCUUGAAAAAUAUGCCGAUAAAUGCCAAUCAACACCGAUCACCGCAUGCAGUGUAGUGUCCUGGGUAGCUUCCUCCUCCCACUUUCCUUCACACUGCGCAGGCGUGCCAAAACAAAAACAAAUAUGUCUGCCUUGAGGAAUUCAACCGCCAGCACAUGCCUCAAAACUUACCUCGCGGGACCUUGGAACUGUCCUGACCGCACCCCUGGUCAAUAGCACUCAUCAUAAAUAAAUAGAACAUUUUGUUAAUAAUCCAUGUGAUCAGUAUCGGCCGAUUUCACUCAUGAUCGGUAUCGGCAGCAUAAAACCCUGAUUGGAGCAUCCCUGGUAUCAACGCCAUCAGAGUCUCAAGUUAAUUUUUUGAGAAUUUUGGCAGUAGAUGUUGUCUUUUGUACGCAAUGUUUAAGAGUGGUAAUUUCUAGGUCAUGCUAGGCUUCAUUGCCUUCACUAAACUGCACCUAAAUAACAAGCUGCUGUUGAGGGGAACAACAAAACUUCGCUGUAAGCCAUGUUGACUUCAGCUGGUGUGUUUCUUCACAGUGAAGCAUCAGACAAAGUCAAUCAAGCAACAACCAAGAAGAGUCACUUUCGUAAGUGCUGUGAUCUUUUUCAACCCUCUUUGCUCUCCAAGUACACUUUAUAAAACCCUACAAGUCAUUAUAGCAUUUAUUAAACACAUUUUAAGUUUUGUUUUACACGUUAAUCAAUUGCAAGCCUAUGCGAUGCAGUGUUGUACUACAAAUCGUGCAGUUACACAACACCAUGUGUUGUCAAGGUGCUGGCAAAUGAGUGAAUUGACUUGUGAGACAGCGGCGUCCGCUGCAUUCAUUGCUGCAGCAGUCCUUUUCCCUUGCAGAUAGCGCCAUCACACCAAUAAACAAAUUGUUAAUGUCAAGUGUUUGCCCCCCUGCCCCCCAUGUCUGUCACACUUAAAUGGUUCAGACCAGCAGACAAAUGUAUUAGUCAAUGACAACUGAACACAAAAUGCAUUUUUUUUAUUAAAUUUGUUAAGGGAGAAAAAAAUCCAAAAGUAAAAGGCCCUGUGUAAAAAAGUGAUUGCACCCUUUUUAAAACAUAACUGGGAAUAAUUGAGAUCUAUCGGUCUGGAAAGGUUAUAAAGCUAUUUCUAAAGCUGUGGGACUCCAGCAAACCACAGUGAGAGCCAUUAUCCACAAAUGGCGAAAACAUGGAACAGUGGUGAACCUUCCCAGGAGUGGCCACCCAACCAAAAUUACCCCAAAGGGUGCAGUUCCGACUCAUCCAAGAGGUCACAAAAGAAUUUCUGCAAAAUAUGAUUCAAUAUUAAUAAAUGGACAGAAAACCUGUGUAUGACCUUCUAAAUCCAUGAUUGAACAUUUAUUAGCACCCUGUAGACAUGAAAUAACACCUCUAGUCACCUUUACACUUAUUACCCAGGAUAGUUGCCAUAAUAGAAAAUAUGCCCUCUUAAGAGAUAAGAUAAAUGAGUGUACUUCCUGGUGGCUUUUGUCUCAGUGCAACGUUGCUGCCACCUAGUGACCAGUGUAGAAUACUACUCUCCUGCCGCUGUUCGUAAAUAUGCAUAUUCGUUUUACUAUAAACCACAAACAGCGAUCAUUAAUUUUUGAAAAACCGCAAUAGAGCGAUGUUCAAACCGCGAUGUAGCGAAGGACGAGUGAAUUUAUUUAAUUUCUAUUCAUUUACCUUUCAGAAAGCAGCUUAUCUAGGACAGCAGCAGGAGGUGGUGGUCCUUUGAGGGACCUCCUGGUGGUAAACUGUGACCUCGAAGCAGAAUGUGUGGACUCUGAGGUGAUUGUGGCUCUGCAGUUGAUCGCUGCAUCCGAGCUGGGCCUUCCAGCACUC